UUUUGUUGAGGGGGGCAAGAAGGGUGUUGAAUGUGUGAUUUAUGGAAUUAUUGGUGAAUUCGGGACACGAUAACCGCCACGAAGUUCUACGAAGUUUUCGAAAUAAAAAGAUGUACGACGUACGACGGGCGUGAUGAAGGCAAAAAGUUCAUCGUUGUACAGACUGGUGGUGAUGGAGAGAGCAGCUCUAUAACGGAAGGGUUGCGAUCGGCCCUUGCCCGACUGCGACAAAGAUCAACCCCCGGACAUCAAACAUCCCCUUUGCACCAUCCCGAGACCAACGUUGACGAAGACUGCCUGGCGGGCAGCAGCAAUUCCCCAUUAAUCUCCAACCAUCAGGAGCAGCAGCAGAAGCAACAUUGUCCCGUCCGUUCUUUCAUUUCUUCAUCCUCCUCGAGCCCCCAUCACAAAAUGACCGUCAAUUCGCAGUCGGGCCCCCCGAAGUCCCCCCGGCCCCCUGACGACAUCAUCGCCCACGCCGCGUCGGCCCUGAGACGUUUACAUUUCAAAACUAGCGGCAGGAAUUCGGCCAAAAGUGCCGCGAUUGCCGCUUCCAAACAGCAACAACAACAACAACAGAGCCAAUCGGUACCGAAAGUAAUAGUAAUGGGUUCGAGUACAGCUUCCGAAACAACAAUAAACACUUCCACAGAGAGUUCAAACACUAUAGUGACCACGGUGACGGCUACGGAUAGUGAACUGACCGAAGGUAGUUUGGACCAAGUCGACAUUAUAUCGUCGGAGAAUAUUAUCGAGGGUAAAACGAAUGUGCCGUUGGUGCCCACCGCGGUUACGCCAAAGACUCCGGUUACUGCUAAAACGGAAACGCCACCGCUCGGGGAGGACACCAAGUUCACUUUUGAGAAUCUCGAUUGUUUUAUGGGUGAAAAUACUCCUAAAGCCGUACCGCUGACGCGUAAACGACUGUUCGACUUUGAAAAUGCCGCGAUCCCGAUGGAAACUGAACCGAUUCUCCCCGAGGAAAAAACCGUGGAACGAUUUAUGGACGAGCAGGUGCAACAAUUGAAACUAGAGGCACGCAGGAGACACAGCUACAAACAGGCAGCUCAGAACUACGACCAACUGGAUAUAGAGAGCGAUAGUAAGCUCUAUAGUAGGGCGAAGAGAAAUAGUGAUGUUGGUGGUGUAAUGAGCGAUAGUAAACUGCACAGUCAAAGGCAAAAAGAGCAUAGAAGAAGCUUCAGGCGGAAACUGGACGUGAAAGAUGAAAAACCGGAAAGAACGUCGCCUAAAAGACGAGCGGAACGUGGACCGAAUUCCUCACCUGAAAAUGAAACCGAAUCACCCAGGCCAAAGCAAAGACACAAAAAGACGUCGCGACGCCACCACCCCACCGCAGCCAACUCGUCCAAGUCCCGUGCCGCCCCCGGGGGUGGUACCGUCGACCAGUUCGUUUACGACCAGAACCACUUGGCGAAAUUUCGGACCAAUAACGCUGCGACCGGCUGUUGUAGUCAACCCCGCAUGACUCCACCCCUGCCAGAUUUACGAAUCGACUAUUUCAGUGAAUCGUUCGAACGACGUCGCAGCAGCAUCCUAGACACGUUGUCGGCGACGCCCGCGAUCGUCGCGGCGCUCGCCGAAAAACGCGGGAGCGUCUGUUUGAAUAAAUGCUUAAGGGAGGUGGGGGCCAAAUUGGAAAUGGGAGGUCUUGGAGGUGGUGGAGGUGGAGGAAACUCAUCACCUGCCACGAACCACCACCACCACGGCACGUCAAACGCGUCUCCUAUAAAUGUCACCACGAAUCCGUUGGAGAAUCCAGUACAUUUGGCGGGACGGAAUAAAGCGCCGCAGGCGACUAUCGUGGUGCAACAAGCGUCGGUUUCCUUAGACCAGGCCAACGUCACUUCGACGAUCCUCCUGAAAAACGGAAGCGAUUUCGUCGGAAACGUGGCCGCCUCUCAAGAGGCGAACGCAGCAGCAGCAGCAGCCGCAGCAAAACUCGCCGCUUUGAAAAUCCAAAAAGAGGAAAACAUGAAACAGCUGCUGGACGUGGCGAACAAUCUCACCCUCGAGGAGAUACACGACUUCGAAAUGAGAUACGGGAGUCCUCACCACAACCGUUCCCAAUCGGUGAAAACUCCGGGUAGAUCCUCGGGGAGGCCGAACUACUUAUGUCUUCCGCAGCAGCGAUCCCGCGUAGCCUCCAUGCCAAACACCGGAGUCGAGGAGGAGUAUUAUCGGCUCCGGCACUUUUCCAUUACCGGAAAGGGGGUGGUGAACAGGGGUGACAGCCUGAAGAGUCGCAGGUCGAGGUCGAAUAACUCGGUGGCAUCCAGCAAUUCCAGUACUGAACAACUUCCGGGACCAACUUCCGCGGCCGGAUCGGCUCGCACUUCCGCCUCGUGCAGUUUGGCCUCGUCCAGGGAAAGUUCGACUUCCGCCCCGGGUCCGUUGCCCUACAGGGUUCUGAUGUUGGGUGGUCCCGCCGUAGGCAAGUCCUCGUUGGUGUCCCAGUUUAUGACCAGCGAGUAUUUGCACGCAUAUGAUACCAGUAUAGAUGACGAGAGUGGGGAGAAGUCUGUGUCGGUCUUAUUGGCCGGAGAAGAAUCCGAGCUGACCUUUAUCGAUUUUGCUACGAUGGACUUAUCGCCGGAUUCUUUGGUAAAAAAAUACACGGAUCCGCACGCGUAUUGCGUGGUUUAUAACUGUGCGGACCACACCAGUUUCGAAUGUGCCGAGAAAAUUCUGCAGAACUUAUGGACUUUGGAUACGAUCGGUACGAAAGCGGUCAUCCUGGUGGCCAAUAAAGUGGAUCUGGUACGAUCCAGAGUCGUCACCACCGAAGAAGGAAAACAAACGGCAACGUCGUACGACUGCAAAUACAUUGAAACGUCGGUGGGGAUCAAUCAUAACGUGGACGAACUCCUGGUGGGGAUUUUGACGCAGAUCCGACUGAAACUGGAAAAUCCGGAGAGGUCGCGUGACCUAUUCCGCAAAAGGAGUUCGUCGAAGAAGAACUUGCACAGGAACCGAUCGCCCGCUUCCGGUACCGCCACGCCCACUACUACGGGAAGCGCUCAAAAUUCACCUAAGAAGUACAGAGGUAGCAGAACUUCGGCGAGUCUAAAAGUGAGAAGUCUCUUAGGUAAAGUGUGGGCCAGAGAUAGCAAAUCAAAGUCCUGUGAAAAUUUGCAUGUCUUGUAAGGUUUUGAAUUAAUUGUUGUUAUAUAUAAAUAUAUAUACAUAUACAAAGAGUCUUUUUUUUUUUAAUUUAAUUAAAAAAAAGACUUUUUUUUGUAUGUAUUUCGUGUCAGUUCCUUAUAUGUUACCCAAGUGAGAUAGAUUAGAGUUAUAUAUUUUUUUUAUUAUAUGUUUAUAAGACAAUCAGUUGGCAUUAUUUUAUUUUAUUUUAAAUAAAUAUCCUUGUAAUGAUUAAUAUCUUAAUAAACAGGGUGUAAACAUUUAUAAGUAAGAUAAUAAUUAGGGAUUUUGUAUUGGUUUUUUUGUACUUUGUAUAAUUUUUUUUUUAAAUGAAUUAAAUUUGCAUAAAUAAU